AUGACAGCCUCCGAGUCCCCAGCAUCCCAACUCCCUCACCUCCGCCGCAUCAAUGGCAACACCCAGCUCUACGUCAAGGGCAAGCCCUUUCUCAUGCUCUCUGCCGAGCUGCACAACUCCUCCCUUUCCUCCGCCCGCUUCAUGUCCGAGGUCUGGCCCGCCAUGAAAUCAAACCACAUCAACACCCUCCUCGGCGCCAUAACCUGGGAGGACAUCGAGCCCGUCGAGGGGCACUUCACCUUCUCCGAGCUCGACGCCGUGCUCGCCGGCGCGCGCGAACACGGCAUGCACCUCGUCCUCCUCUGGUUCGGCACGUACAAGAACGGCAUCUCGACGUACGCACCCCGCUGGGUGAAGCGCGACACGAAGCGCUUCCCGCGCGUCCAGGUCCUCGAAAAGGGGGGGCUCAAACGUACCAUCGAGAUGGUCACACCGCUCAGUGACGAAGCCUGCGCGGCGGAUGCCAGGGCCUUUGCCGCGCUAUGCAGGCACCUCGCCGAGGUGGACGCCGAGCACAACACGGUGCUCAUGAUCCAAGUCGAAAACGAGACGGGUCUACUGGGCGACUCCCGCGACCGCUCCCGCCGCGCCGAGAAGGCCUUUGCCACCCCUGUGCCCGAGGGUCUCCUCCGUCACCUCCACGAGAAAUCGGCCAGCCUGCACCCGAAAUUCAAGGCCCGAUUCGCUGACCCGCCCGCCUCCGGAUCGCACUCCUGGACAUCCGUCUUCGGCCCCGGUCCGUCGGCGGACGAGGCCUUUAUGGCCUACCACAUCUCCUCCUACGUCGGCCGCGUCGCCUCGGCGGGGAAGAGAGAAUACGACAUACCCCUUUACACAAACACCUGGCUCAACUUUGACGACCCUACAGACCUCGACCUCCGCGGCGUCCCCAUCGUCGUCGGCGGCGGCGGCGAGCCGGGCGUCUACCCCUCGGGCGGACCCUGCCCGCACGUCCUCGACAUCUGGCGCCACAACACAAUCUUCACGCCCCGAAAAUCCCUCGACUUCCUCGCACCGGACCUCUACUUCCACAACUACGAGGCCGUAUGCAGGGACUACACGGCCCAGGGCAACCCCCUCUUCAUCCCCGAGCAGCGGCGCGACGAGAACGGCGCGCGACGGGUCUGGCUCUCCUACGGCACCUACGGCGCCCUCGGCGCAAGCCCGUUCGGCAUCGACACGGGCCCCGAGGUCGUCGGCCGCGAGUUCAAGCUGCUCGCCCAGGUGGCGCCGUACCUCCUCGCGGCGAAGCCCGAAGACAGGUUUGGCUUCUUCUUUGACGAGGAGGUCGACCCGGCCGGCACGGGCGAGCGGUGGACCAAGGUGAUUGGGGACGUCGAGGUCAUUGUCGAGCGCGCCUUUGUAUUCGGCAAGCCCGGUCCCGGCGGCGGGAUGGUCAUCCACCUCGGGAACGCCAAGUUCCUUGCCGUCGGACGGGGCUUCAACGUUCACUUUAAGAGCGUGCGCGAGGAGGCUACGUUUACGGGCAUCCUCGCGGCCGCCGAGAAGGAGGUGGAUGAGAAGGGCGAGCUGCGGACGUUGAGGGUGUUCAACGGCGAUGAGACGCGCAGCGGCGCGUUUCUAAUCAUGCCCAAUGACGAUCCGGAUUAUGGAGGUUUCCCCAUCGCGGUAACGAUCCCGGCGCGGACGUGCAUCGUAGAAGUUGAGGCGUAUUGGGUUGCUGAGGAUGAGGAGGACCGUUGA